AUACUGUAUGUUAAAAAAGUCCUAGAAUCUUUACUUUACUAAUGAACAAUCAUUGUCUUAACACAAGUUGUAGUCAGACAUCUGGGGAAUGUGAGUAUGGUUGUGUACUGGGGUGGUAUAGACCGACAUGUAGUACCAGAUGUCCUGACAACUGUGCUGCUGGUGCCUGCAACAGAUACGAUGGCUCAUGUUUGUCUUGUAGGGAGAGAUUCAGGGAUACAUAUUGUAACAUGUCCUGUCCUCGACAUUGUGUUGAAUGUGACCAGAAUGCCAGCAACUGUAUGUCGUGUGAGCCUGGUUAUUUUGUAAACACCUGUGGAGAAAAGUGCAACGGUUGCCCUAAUGAGAAGUGUGAAAUCACAGAUGGAUUCUGCAUUGACGGAUGUAAACCAAAUUUGUUUGGGCGAGAAUGUCAGUCAUGUCACUGUCUAAUGCCCCGAUGUAACGUUACGGGGUUAUGCACAGGGUGUCAGAAUGGCUACUAUGGCCAGAGAUGUUCCUCUACAUGUCCACCGAGGUGCGAUACCUGUGAGCAGUAUACUGGCGACUGUGUGACUUGUGUGGAAGGCUGGCGCGGUCAUAUGUGCAACGUGUCAUACGUAAGGUCAGUUCGUCAGCUGGUCCGUGUCUUGUCAUCAUGCAUUGGCGUCGUACUCUUUAGUGCUGUCAUUGUAGCUGCAUUUAUCAUCAUCAGAAAAAAGUGCACUGGAUCGCCAAGGGGCAUUUAUCUCUCCCCUGUCCGAACUGACCACCUUGUAUCGGAUGACAUUUCUCUGCAAGAGUUCAGUGACAACGGGGAAAGUGAACAAUCUCAGUACGAAACUAUUCCCGAUAAUUCACAGGCAGGAUACGAGGCGCUUUCGCCAUCAACUUCACGCACUUCCGGGUACACAGCUCUGCUGCAGUCGGCUGAAAAUGCCCGGGUGACAGCAGACUAAUAUUUUCAACGCACAUCGUUCUGUUUCACUUGUUGGGCUGUUGGUUCAGUUACUGAUUCGUCUUCCAUGUUUCGGCUGACACAUUCUGAAACUGGGUUAAUAUCCUAGUAUAUACAAAAGGCAGAUGUCAAAAUAUUUAACAUCCUCAGUGACUUUUCUGUCAAGUGUUACAACUCCAAGUGGCCGUGUCUUUUUCUUGUAACUUUAUAGUCUAAAAGACAUUUUGUCCCAUAUACGAGUUCCAAUUCAUAGAGCACUAUCUAUUCAUCUUCCUAUAUCAUAACUCAGAAUUUCAAAUUGAUGACCAUUGAAACCUGAUUUUCCAGAGAGACUCAAUUGCAAAUUACUCAUAAUUUGGAGUCAUUUGGUUAUCACAAACAUUAUUGUACCACCUGAACCAUUGACGAAUGUACGUGUUGUUAAUGCUUGGGUGUGGACCUCUCCAUAUAAUUGUACUUAGUAUGAAUUCACAGAGCUAUAUUUAUCACGUAUUUUAGUAUUUGAAGACAAACCAAUUGUAGGUAAACUAAAACAUAUGUGUAUACAUCCAUAUGCUUCAAACUGGACAUAUUCCUGUCAUAUACAAUCAUGUACAAAGAUUUAAUCUCACUUCAACUCGCUAGAGCUUAUUGGUCUAAAUGCAGUCCGUCGUCAGCCCGCCAUCAUUCAAAGCUUUGUAUAUUAUAGAGUUGACUCUCAUGCUGUAUAGUUAAAAUCGAAUUCUUGUCAAAUAACAGCAGGAUUUGGAUUCCAUAAUUAUUGGGAUGUACAAUAUUAUUUUGCUUAAAGCUAACGUUUAUGUGUAAAAUAUAUAUAAAUGUAAUAAUUCUCCACAAACAUUAGUGUUAUGCGAUUUAACUACCUUAAUGCCAGCCUUAUGACACAAGGCAGUCUCUCCAUGAAUUUAGUGGAAAUGAGUCUGUUGUGUAUAUAGUUAUAUAUUGUCUAUCAGAUGCAGACUUUAACGAUCUCUCUCUAUGAAUAUAGUGGAAAUGAGUCUGUUGUGUAUAUAGUUAUAUAUUGCCUAUAAGAUGCAGACUUUAAAAAUCUCACUAUGAAUAUAGUGGAAAUGAGUCUGUUGUGUAUAUAGUUCUAUAUUGUCUAUCAGAUGCAGAGUUUAACAAUCUCUCUCUAUGAAUAUAGUGGAAAUGAGUCUGUUGUGUAUAUAUUCAUAUAUUGUCUAUAAGAUGCAGACUCGCGCUUCUGAACUUUGAGGUUUCACCAGCUGAGCUCAGUAAUGCGUCUAUAUUUAUAAUACUUGCUUAUUGUGUAUAUUAUUAAGAACGAGUAGAUGUUUACGUGGACAGUGACAUAUUGAUUGUACUUAUGAAACCGUAUUUUACAAUCAAAUCAACUUUCUAUUCAUGUUUCCUGUUCGAAAUACUUGCACGCAUACAAGUGGUUUGAGUUUUUCGUUUUCUCUGAUUAACCACUGAGACAGACUUGUGGCGAUCAACUUAAACUCAAUUUAUAUAAAACGUACGUGCAUAUAUUCACAUUCGACAACAUUUAGGUACAAUAUAUAUUCAUAUUUCUGUUAUAUACGCUGUGUAUAUCGUGAGCUGCUGUUAUUUGCGAAUAAUA